CCCUGGGAGACCUGGAUGGAUCAAACCCUGAGCCUGGGUCUCCAUUCAAAUCCUGGCUCACCAGGCAGCAAAGAGUGAUUUGCUUUUGCGUGGCACUCCUGGGUAGGGCAUCUUUUGCCCGGCGCUGCUAGUAGACAAAUUACAGCCUUGCCUCUGUCAAGGUAGAUAAGAGACCAUGUGAUGCAGCCUGGUGGUAAAUGGGUUGCAGGCAGGGUAAAGGUGCACAGGGAAAUAACCUUGUAGGGAGUUCUUGCUUCCUUGGGGUGCAGAGUCUCCGGGCAGUGCGGAUCUCCGUGGAUUUGUGAGUGAGUUGGCCUUGAUGCCUGCACAAGUUUUUGGAGCUCUCUGAAACUCACCGAACGGAGGAAUGUCUUUUAACAGAAAGAACUGGUCUGAUCUCUCCAGCCUGGCCAGGCAGAGAACUCUUGAGGAUGAAGAAGAGCAGCAAAGGGAGCGCCGGCGAAGACAUCGGAGCUUGCUGUCCUCCACCUCAAUGGACAAAGACCCCCCUAGCCCUUCAGAAGAUGUCAGUCCAGCUCCCAGCAGGCCUCAGGUCCUGGUGAAGGCAGUGCCUCUGGAGGAAGAGGAAGAGCAAAAGCUCUCGGAGGUGCUGAAGACCCAAGAGGGGAGGCGGACAAGGUCCCCAGUGGCAAUCUCUGAAAAGCUGAGACAGAAGAAGGAACAAUGGGAGCCAGGGGCCAGAGUGAGCCACGUGGAGCCAGAGUUGCAGCAGCAUGCAGGGCAAGAGAGUGUCCUGGCUGGAGAACAGGGUCACGAUGCAGCCAAGAGCAGAGGGACCUCAUCAGAAGACCAGCGCUCGGAGACGGCCUCAGAGAGGAAGGUGCUAACAAAGGGACAGCUUGAGGACAAACAGGAACAGGGCAUGGAGACACAGCAGGGGAACCAGAGGAGUGAGGUGGGGGAGCAGCAGAAGCAGGCAGUGCAGGAGCAGAGGAGCUGCAGGCUCCACGAAGUGAAGAUCCUGCCUGGAGGAGGAAGCCGCAGCAUGGAGAAGAUAAACUCAUCGGUGACCUUGCCUCCUGGCCAGCAGCAUCCACCCAGGAGUUCCCCAAAGGAAGUAACACAGCUGACUCCCACCCAAGAUGAACUUGCAGAAAAGUCAGAUGCUCCUCCAACUCGUAUCACCUAUAGUAGCUCCAUCAGACGAAGCAGCCCAAGAACUGUCUCUUUCCGGGUGAUCUCAAGAAAAGAGAGAGAAGAAAACCCAAGUCCUCUCACAAGGAGUGCAAGUCUGAGGAUCCCAGGAAGCAGCACCACUAUUGAGGAGAAACUGGAAAAGUACACUUCAGCUGUGCAGCGAUCGGAGGUGGUGAAAUCUUCUCUGACUGUUCAGAAGAACCUCCUGCUUUCCUCAGAGGGAGUGGCCAGCAAGCGCAACUUCUUUGAGGCGAGCACUCCUCCCACCAAGGCAGAGCCCCUUGCUGUCAGGAAGGACAACCGGAAGAUCCCGGGAUCAGUGACAUCCCGCAUUAAUUUGUGGAUCAGCCGAACUCAGGAGCCCAGCAAGGAGGAAAAGAGCAAGGACACCAGGAAAAUAAACAGCCUAACAAAGCGUGAUGUCUGGGUAAAGCAGCCAAGAGACUCCUCUGGGGACACCAAGCUGUAAGAAUAUAAGAUGAUCUGGGAAAAUGUCUUUUGCUCUGAAGACCAAAACCUGGCUCUACCUAAUCAUCCAGCAGCCCACUGCCAUGAGAUUCCCCUGCAUGCCAUGUGUGAGCUGGAUCCGAGGGAUGGCCGGGGUCCUCUGCUUGUGGGCUGGGAAGGAAGAAGGCUAGAAGACUAUUCCUGUGCCCUCAAUCUUCACUCGCUGUUUGUCUGGGAGUAUCCAGGCCUUGAGCCCCCUUGCAGAUGCUGAAGGCAGAGUCCUGCCUCAUUUCCCCACAACACUUUGGUGUUUUGCUCCUAGCCCUCAAGUAGGCCCCAUAACUGGGCUUGCAAAGGGUGAACUAGAUGUCUCCCUUGCAGCUAGGCCAUGAUGGUAGAUGAGAGGUUGCCCGGCCAGGGGAGUUAUGGCUGCCUAUCUGCAGACCGUGUCGAUUCCUACUGCCUGUCCCUGCUCAGUGGCAGGCUCAUGUCGAGUGAGGUGAGGGAGACAGGCAGAUGAAACCUCCCUCCCAGGCUGUGACUGCUGGAGGGGACCCAGCAGGCAAAUGCUAUCUGUAACGUCACAAGUGCACUAGCUUAGUUUGGAGAUGCCUCAUGGAGGAAAGGUAGACCUGAGGGCCCUGGUGCUUCUCUCCAGCAGCAGUUCCACAGGAGAAGGGGGCUUGCCCUCCUUCAUCCUACCCCUUUUGUUUCCUGCCCCUUACAAACAGUGACCCCUUUCGCUUAGUGCUGUGGGGAAGGUGGGAUGGCCAUGACCCUAUUUACGAGUCCUGUCCUGGGCCCAGUCUGCUGCAGAGCCCCUGCAAACCUCAUCUUCCCUCUCGUUGCUCCUUGUGAACCAUUUAUCCUUGGCUACACAGACCCAAAGUUACCUGAUCCCUGCCUCUGUGCUCCCUGG